AACGAUGGGAACACGGCAAACCAUCGGCCACGCCACGCAAGAACAUCUCUCUCUCCCUCUCUCUGUGUCACACACGCGAGUCGCCAAGAAGAAAGUCCCAAACUUUUUCCUCUCGAUCGAUCCGUCCUCCUCCUCGUCGCCACAGGAGUUUCUCCUUCUCUCCAGCGAACGAGCGAGCGAGCGAUCGAUCGGAUCCCGCCGGCCGGAGGCCCAAGCCCCGCCCGAUCUACCCGAUGGCAGCCAACGCCGGCGCCGGCGCCGGCGGGAGCAAGAUCCGCAACGCCAAGCUGGUUCUUCUAGGCGACGUCGGCACCGGCAAGUCCAGCCUGGUGCUCCGCUUCGUCAAGGGCCAAUUCGUCGAGUUCCAGGAAUCGACCAUCGGUGCGGCUUUCUUCUCGCAGACCCUGGCGGUCAACGAUGAGACGGUCAAGUUCGAAAUCUGGGACACGGCCGGCCAGGAAAGGUACCACAGCCUGGCGCCCAUGUACUAUCGCGGUGCCGCGGCCGCCAUCGUCGUCUAUGACAUCACCAACGCGGCCUCUUUUACACGUGCAAAGAAAUGGGUUCAAGAACUUCAAGCACAAGGGAAUCCAAACACAGUAAUGGCUCUUGCUGGGAACAAGGCUGAUAUGUUGGAGGCAAGGCAGGUGCCAGUGGAAGAAGCGACGACUUAUGCACAAGAGAAUGGGCUCUUCUUCAUUGAAACGUCUGCCAAAACAGCCAUCAAUGUGAACGACGUAUUCUAUGAGCUCGCAAAGAGACUGCUCGCAGGGCAGCAGGCGCAGAACCCGCAGGCGGGGAUGGUGCUCUCACAGAGACCGGCCGAGAGGAUGGUGAGCAGCACGUCGUGCUGCUCAUCAUAGGACGCUUUGCCGUGGAGAGACGGCCGCCAUGGAUGGCCUCAGAAGCCACAGAAGGAAAAAAAAAAUGUAUGCGCUGUGGACGAUUGCUGCCAUCCCAGCUUGCUACACUACAGUCUAGCCCUUGUUUCUUGUCAUAUGUUGGUUCUGUAAAUGUGAAUAGUAGUGGGGUGUUGCUGCUGCAGAUGUUCAGAUAUGUUGUUGCAGUGCAUUCUGGUGCUUAAAUAUAUUUCUGGAUGACCUUUGUGCUUCAAUUAUAUAUUUUUAUUUCUAA